CUAAAUAGCACUCAGGCUCAUGGGCUUCAUCACUUGGCUCUGAGCAGGUGAUGCUCUUUGGAAGGGUGGAGACCUUUAGGAAGCGCGGCUUGACUGGAGAAGUGCAUCUACCCACACACCUGCGUCCAGGUACUCAUGGAGGUCAGAAGAGAGCAUCCCAUUCACUGGAGCUGGAAUUACAGGUGGUUGUGAACCACACGACUUGGAUGCUGGGACUGAAACUCUCAUCUUCUGAAAGAGCAGCAAUGUGCUGACCAAUGGAGGGGGCAAAUAAAAGGGGCUCCUGGGGAGUCUGCUCCACACUCUUGCACAGCGCAGCAAGACCUCAGCCAUGAGACUUCUCCUCCUGACUUUCCUGGGAGCCUGCUGCCUCACCACGUGCUCUGUAGAAGGCGUGGGGACUGAAGCCCUAGAAGAGAGUUUCUGUGUGAGCUUAAGGACCCAGCCGCUGCCGGUUCAGAGAAUCAAGACCUAUACCAUCAGGGAGGGCAUAUUGAAAGCAGUUAUCUUUGUCACCAGACGAGGAGUGAAAAUCUGUGCUGAUCCACAUGCCCAGUGGGUGAAAGCAGCGAUCAGAACUGUGGACAAGAGGAAGAACAUAACUGAAACUAGUCCCACGAGAGUCCAGCGGUCCACCAGCUCAGCCAUGACCGUGUCUGGGUAGUGCUCUCUGGGACAGUGUUCCCUCAACAGCCGAGUAGCUCAUCUCAGUUCACAGGCUCAUGGACUAAU